AACUGUUAAAUCUGUGAACAUGCGUACUUUAAUUAACCUAGUUUUGAUGUCUUUGAAGCCUUCCUUUAAGAUAACAAUCAGCAACUAGACGUCAACAUUACCGUGGCUCUGACUGAGGGAAGUUGGGACUGGAACUUUCUGCAGACACACUCUCCCUCUUUCUCUCUCUCUCUCUCUCUCUCUCUCACACACACACACCCUUUGGCUGCGUGUGUGUGGUGGUGCCACAUCGAAACAGCUGGAAUAUACACUGAGCGUCGGAAAAUCUGUAUCAUGCUGCCGCUGGUCCUGCUGCAAUUGUUGGUCCUUGUUUCCUGCUCUCCUCCGCGGUGUGACCCAAGUAUCAGAGGACUGUGCAAACCAAUACUGGAAGAAAAACCCAAAUGCUCAGACGUCCAGUUGUCCUACUGCGAUGACAUGCCCUACACUCAGACCAUGUUCCCCAACAUCCUUGGACACAAGAGCCGCGAAGAGGCCGAGGCGGGGGCAGAGUACCUCCUCAUGAGCGUGGUUGAGUCCCUGCUCGGUGGAGAGUGCAACCCAGAGAUCCGCAUGCUGGGCUGCUCGGUGCUGACCCCACGCUGUGAGAAGGCGCAGGUGCUGAGGCCCUGCCGCAGCACCUGCGAGGCGGUGCGCAAACAGUGCAGCCAUGCUUUUGAUGGGAUACAGAUGGCUUGGCCCUACUUCCUGGACUGUGAUCGCUUCUUUGUUGGUGAACAAGAAGGAUGUUAUGACCCACUUGAAGGGCUUAAAG